GUCGCGCUGGAGGGAGGGGGUUGGAGGUGUCAUGGCGUCUUACACGGAUGUGUCGUCUUUAAGUGCUAAAUAGUGUCUAUUGCUUUACCACCUGAAUUGCAGUAAAUAUCGUGCAAACAUCUUCAAAGGAACAUAUUUUUUAAAAUCGAGAAUCUAACAUGGGGACUGUCCACGCCAGGAGUCUCGACCCCCUUCCAAUGCAAGGACCUGACCUUGGGGUGCAAGCUGAUGAUGUUGACAUGGUGGAGGUGGAACCGGAGUCAAAGCAAGAAGUUCUUGAAAACAAAGAUGUUGUAGUCCAACGUGUUCAUAUAGACGGACUGGGAAGAACUAAAGAGGACAUCCUGGGUUAUGAAAUCGCAGAAGUCUUCGCUGCCAAAAACCUCAUAGAUGUCAUGAAGAAAUCACACGAGGCUCGGGCUAAGCUGCUACGGCUGGGCAUUUUCAGACAGGUGGAAGUCCUCAUCGACACCUGUCAAGGAAAUGACGCUCUGCCCAAUGGGCUCGAUGUCACGUUUGAAGUGACCGAACUAAGAAGGAUGACUGGAAGCUACAACACAAUGGUUGGGAAUAAUGAAGGAAGCAUGGUGCUGGGCAUUAAGCUGCCAAACUUUCUUGGGCGUGCGGAAAAGCUCACCUUCCAGUUCUCGUACGGAACCAAAGAGACGUCCUACGGCCUGUCCCUCUUCAAACCUCAGCCUGGAAACUUUGACCGCAAUUUCUCUGUAAACUUGUACAAAGUCACGGGACAGUUUCCCUGGAGCUCGCUGAGAGAGACCGACCGUGGCGUCUCUACAGAAUUCAACUUCCCAGUGUGGAAGAGCAAUCACACGCUGAAGUGGGAGGGGGUGUGGAGGGAGCUGGCCUGCCUGGCCCGCACCGCCUCCUUCGCCAUCAGAGAGGAGAGCGGCCACUCCCUUAAGUCCUCCCUCUCGCAUGCCAUGGUCAUUGACACCAGGAACUCCGCUAUCCUACCGAGGAAAGGUGCCUUACUGAAGAUCAACCAGGAGCUGGCAGGCUACAGCGGCGGUGACGUCAGCUUCCUGAAGGAGGACUUUGAGAUCCAGCUCAACAGGCGCCUCUUCUGGGAUUCGGUCCUCUCGGCAUCUCUGUGGGGGGGCGUGCUCAUGCCUAUCGGAGACAACCCUGCCAGCAUCGCCGACAGGUUCUACCUGGGGGGUCCCACCAGUGUGAGGGGCUUCAGCAUGUACAGCAUCGGCCCCCAGAGUGAAGGUGUUCCAGGUGAUUACCUGGGUGGGGAGGCCUACUGGGCAGGCGGGGUUCACCUGUACACCCCCCUGCCCUUCCGUCCAGGCCGCGGGGGAUUCGGGGACCUCUUCCGGACGCACUUCUUCCUCAACGCCGGGAACCUGUGCAACCUUAACUACGGUGACGGGCCGCGGGCUCACCUGCAGAAGCUGGCGGAGUGCAUCCGCUGGUCGUAUGGAGUGGGCAUCGUACUGCGCCUGGGGAACAUCGCCCGGCUGGAGCUCAACUACUGCGUUCCCAUGGGAGUGCAGAGCGGAGACAGAAUAUGCGAUGGAGUCCAGUUCGGAGCAGGAAUCCGCUUCCUGUGAUGUCACCUGCUGCCUAGACCCUACAGCAAAGCAUCAUGGGAAAGUGCAAGGGGGAAUUUUUUUUUUUGGCACUUGUGUGCUGUACCGAGUGUAGGCCUCCCAGAGGGGCCCCCAGACACACCUGGCCCCCAGGGGCCCCGCAGUCCAGGCAGCAUAGACAGAGCUCCGCCCACUUGUCAUUUACACUCUUUUGUAAUACAAGAAAUGAGGUUAGGGUUUGGUUUCCAGACCUGGGGCAAUUUCAUUAAAUACUUUCUGCAGAUUACUGACUAUUUUAAGAAGAAACAUCUGUUUUCAAUAUGAUUGUACAUUUUGGUCAGUAAGUUGUUUUGCUGGAAAUUCUCAGGGAUCUGCAGGACUGGAGGGUUAAAUUUUUUUUUUUUUUUUUUUUUUACCAGCAUCUCAAGAGUUAAAGUAAUUAAAAUGUGUAUUUGAACCAGGUCUGGUGUAUUGCACUUAGACUGACUGAUUCAGGGUCAGUCAUUGGCACUAACAAAAAGGAGCUCAGUAUUUUCUACCCAUUGUUGCUGAUCCAGGAUCAGUGUAUUUGGUACCAAACGGAGAGAAGCAGGUCAGGGCCUCGCAUUUGGAUUGCAGCCCCUGGAGGUCAGGGGUGGAAACCCCACCAUCAGUGCCCUUAGAAGUCAUGUUUAAAUGUCGUCUGAACUGUGAUGCACAGAAAUAAAAACAUUAAUUG